AUGAUGCUGAUCCAGCCAAAGAGCUUCCGAUCGAUCAACCGACUCGUCAUACAGCCUAGUCGGAAAUACAUGUCCCACUUUCGCGUCAUCGAGCACACUGCUCGGUGUCAAAAUGUCCGACAGCGUCCGGGUGCCGUGAAAGCCGGACAUGAAAGCGAGCUACGACUUGCCGUUAAGCAGUACAUUCCCAUCGAUAAUCCUCAGCCGAAGGAAGGCGAUGUCACUAUAAUUGGGGCGCAUGCAAAUGCCUUUCCAAAGGAGCUUUACGAGCCUCUUUGGGAUGAUAUUCAUGAGCAGCUGGCAAGUCAAAAUAGACGCAUCCGGUCGAUUUGGAUUGCAGAUGUUGCCCAACAGGGGCAGAGCGGUAUCUUGAAUGAAUCGAUCUUAGGCCAUGAUCCCGACUGGCUCGAUCACGGACGUGAUCUUCUUUUCAUGAUAAAUCAAUUCCAGGACCAGAUUCCUCAACCGCUUGUAGGGAUUGGUCACAGCAUGGGCGGGAUGCAGCUAGCCCAUCUCUCCUUGAUGCACCCAUGUCUUUUCGAAGGUCUCAUCCUCCUCGACCCAGUAAUACAGCGCGAGAACCCAGGCCGCAAAUUCGCCCAGGCAUCUACAUACAGACGAGACCUGUGGGCCUCGCGCGAGCAAGCAGCAGCGAAAUUCAAAUCGAAUCCAUUCUACCGGACGUGGGAUCCCCGUGUGUUCGAGAGAUGGAUCCAAUACGGGCUUCGAGACCUUCCGACCCCAUUACACCCAAACACAGAUGACAUUGGGCCAUCCGCAGUUACGUUGACUACAACCAAGGCACAGGAGUUAUUCUACUUCGUACGGCCUUCCUACGUCGACGAGCGAUCCGGGCUUCCCCGCGGUAACCCUGAGGAAGAAAUGCAUCCGGAUGACCACGAUGCUGAUUAUCCCUUUUAUCGACCUGAAUCUGCAUGGAUGUUUCGUCGACUGCCCCAUUUGAAGCCACCUAUUCUCUAUCUGUUUGGGGAACAGUCGGAUCUGUCUUCUCCGGCUGCCCGUCAAGAGAAAGUGGCGGCAACCGGUACGGGUCUGGGUGGUAGUGGGGGCGCAGCGCGUGGACUUGUUGAGGAAGUUGUGCUACCAUGUGGCCAUAUGAUUCCCAUGGAGCUGGUCCGGGAAAGUGCUGAAGCUAGUGCGGCGUUUAUUGACAAGAGGUUAUCGGACUGGGAGUCGAGGGUUUCGACGUUUCGCAGGGCGUGGGAGCGGGUGCCGCAUCAGGAACAGCUGAGCGUUGAUCAGCAGUGGGAGAGGCAUAUUAAUGGCACUUCUAAGGGAUCUAAGCUUUGAGGGAUCGAUGGUUUGCUUUUGCUCUUUAAAAACAGGACUCAGUGAGGGCUACUGGUCUGACCCUCUACUCCGGUGAGGCUGCGGUUAGUUGCGGAAACCGAAGCAGGGCGUAUGCUAGAGUCACUGGCGGGCGCAAAACCCCGGAACACUCCCUAGGUUCCCAGCUAAUUCAAAAUUACUGGCUAAUUGGUAAUGCCCAAUAAUUAUCAAUUAUGGUAGAAGAACGGUUCAUAACUAUGACUAUUUAGCUUACACUAUGGGAAUUCAGCAAAAGGUCACCGACUGAUCAGGAU